AUGGCGAAAUCGAGCGCCGACGACGAGGAGCUACGGCGAGCUUGCGAGGCAGCAAUUGAAGGCACAAAGGAGAAGAUCGUAAUGUCGAUUAGAGUGGCCAAGAGCCGCGGGAUCUGGGGAAAAUCCGGAAAAUUGGGUCGCAGCCACAUGGCCAAGCCCCGCGUUCUUGCCAUCUCAACAAAGUCUAAAGGUCAAGGGACUAAGGCUUUUCUUCGUGUCUUAAAGUACUCAACGGGAGGUGUUGUUGAGGCAACAAAACUGUACAAACUGAAGCAUCUUUCAAAAGUGGAUGUUCUGACAAAUGAUCCCAGCGGAUGUACUUUUUUGCUGGGUUUUGAUAACCUUAGAAGUCAGAGUGUUGCUCCUCCUCAGUGGACAAUGCGCAAUGUUGAUGACAGGAACCGUCUUCUGCUUUUCAUCUUAAACAUCUCCAAGAAUGUUUUGGGUCGUCUUCCCAAAGUUGUUGGAAUAGACGUGGUGGAGAUGGCUCUUUGGGCUAAGGAAAACACACCAACUAUUACUAAGCAGAGGGGGGAUCUUCAAGAUGGCCCUGUUGCAGCUUCAGUUGCAGAAGUUGACACGAAAGUGACAGUUGAAAGAGAGCUCGUGUCUCAAGCAGAAGAAGAGGAUAUGGAGGCUCUUUUAGGCACUUAUGUAAUGGGGAUUGGUGAAGCAGAGGCAUUUUCUGAGCGGCUGAAGAGAGAACUUCAAGCUUUGGAAGCUGCAAAUGUUCAUGCUAUUUUGGAGAGCGAACCUUUAAUAGAUGAGGUGUUGCAGGGGCUUGAGUCAGCUAGUAAUUGUGUUGAGGACAUGGAUGAAUGGUUGGGAAUUUUUAAUCUAAAACUUCGACACAUGAGAGAGGACAUAGAAUCAAUUGAAGUACGUAAUAAUAAACUGGAAAUGCAGUCUGUCAACAACAAAUCAUUAAUUGAGGAACUCGAUAAGCUUCUUGAAAGAUUAUGUAUCCCUUCCGAGUAUGCAACAUCUUUAACAGGAGGUUCAUUUGAUGAAGCGCGCAUGCUUCAAAAUAUUGAAGCUUGUGAGUGGCUGACUAACGCUUUACGUAGUCUUGAAGGACCCAACUUGGAUCGUGGCUAUGCAAACAUGCGAGCUGUUAGAGAAAAGCGGGCAGAACUUAACAAGUUGAAAACUACUUUCGUUAAAAGAGCAUCUGAGUUUUUGAGAAAUUAUUUUGCUAGUUUGGUGGAUUUCAUGAUAAGUGACAAGAGUUAUUUCUCUCAGCGUGGACAACUGAAGAGGCCUGAUCAUGCUGAUCUGCGGUACAAGUGCAGGACAUAUGCUCGCCUUUUGCAACACUUAAAAAGUCUUGAUAAGAACUGCUUGGGCCAAUUAAGGAAAGCUUACUGCAGUUCUCUGAAUUUGCUUUUACGUCGGGAGGCUCGUGAGUUUGCGAAUGAGCUUCGUGCUAGUACUAAAGCAUCAAGGAACCCAACUGUAUGGCUUGAAGGUUCUACUGGUUCCAAUCAGAGUGUGAACAGUGCAGACACGUCUACAGUUUCUGAGGCGUAUGCUAAAAUGCUUACAAUUUUCAUUCCACUCCUCGUAGACGAGAGUUCUUUUUUUGCACACUUCAUGUGCUUUGAAGUGCCCGCUCUUGUUCCACCAGGGAAUCUUGCCAAUGGCAGCAAAACUGGACCCAAUGAUGAUGAUAAUGAUGAUGAUCUGGGCAUCCUGGAUAUUGAUGACAAUGACAGCAAAUCUGGUAAAAGAUCUGCAGAUCUGGAAGCAUUGAAUGAGUCACUUCGUGAUUUGCUUGAUGGGAUACAGGAAGACUUCUAUGCUGUUGUGGACUGGGCAUACAAGAUUGAUCCUCUGCGAUGUAUAUCCAUGCAUGGCAUUACAGAACGAUAUAUUUCUGGUCAGAAAGCUGAUGCUGCAGGAUUUGUACGCAUUUUACUCGAUGACCUGGAAUCCAGAAUUUCUAUGCAAUUCACUCGUUUUGUUGAAGAAGCUUGCCAUCAGAUUGAAAGAAAUGAGCGAAAUGUUCGGCAGGUGGGAAUCUUGUCGUAUAUACCGAGAUUUGCCACUCUUGCAACCCGCAUGGAGCAGUACAUUCAGGGACAAUCAAGGGAUUUGGUUGAUCAGGCAUAUACAAAAUUUGUCACUGUAAUGUUUGCGACAUUGGAUAAAGUUGCUCAGACUGACCAAAGAUAUACAGAUAUUAUGCUUCUAGAAAAUUAUGCAGCUUUUCAAAACAGUCUGUACGACCUGGCCAAUGUUGUAUCCAUUUUAGCAAAGUUUUAUCACCAAGCAAGUGAAUCUUAUGAACAAGCUUGCACUCGCUUUAUCAGCACAAUCAUAUACUCACAAUUUGACCGGCUUUUCCAGUUUUCACAUAGAAUUGAGGAUUUGAUGUUCACAAUCACACCAGAAGAGAUCCCAUUCCAGCUUGGACUGUCAAAAAUGGAUCUGCGGAAGGUUGUAAAAUCAAGUUUAUCUGGUGUUGACAAGUCUAUCAAUGCAAUGUAUAAGAGAUUGCAGAAGAAUUUGACGUCAGAGGAACUGUUGCCUUCGCUGUGGGAUAAGUUGAAGAAGGAGUUUCUUGACAAGUACGACAGUUUUGCCCAACUUGUAGCAAAAAUUUACCCCAACGAGAGCAUCCCAUCUGUCUCAGAAAUGAGAGAUCUUUUGGCAUCUAUGUAG